ACUUGACGCGCUACAUCUGCGAGUGUGUCGGUCUCUGGGCGGAGCGUCCUCCGGCGGUGAGGAGAGAAAGAAGCCGAGGCAGCGGCGGACACGGACGGACGCCCUCGCUCGUCUUCACUUCGUGUCUAACGGUUUCCAAAUGGCUUCGACAGCGGACGACCAGCGGGAACCGGCGGACGUCGCCGCGCUGUCUCCGCACCACGGCUGCCAGCACCGAAACAGCAACAACAACAACAACAAUAACAACAACAACAAAGACAGCGAGGCGGGAGAAAGCGCUACCUCCGCGACCGCCACCAGCACGACGGAGCCCGGCGGGACGACGACGCAGAGCAUCGGUAACGGCUCGGUCAUCAACCCUACCGGCGGGAAUAACGGGAAGUGGGUCCGGCUGAACGUCGGCGGCACGGUGUUCCUCACGACGCGGCAGACCCUCCUCAAGGAGCAAACUUCGUUCCUGUACCGGCUGUGCCAGCAGCAGGACCUGCACUCAGACACGGACGAGACGGGAGCCUAUGUGAUCGACAGAGACCCUACAUACUUCGGUCCCAUCCUCAACUAUUUGCGGCAUGGCAAACUGGUCUACAACAAGGAGCUGGCUGAAGAAGGUGUCCUGGAGGAGGCCGAGUUUUACAACAUCACCCCGCUGAUCAAACUGAUCAAGGACAGGAUCGUGGAGAGGGACUCUAAAGCCACGCAGCAGGUGCCCCCCAAGCACGUGUACCGAGUGUUGCAGUGCCAAGAGGAGGAGCUGACCCAGAUGGUCUCCACGAUGUCGGACGGCUGGAAGUUUGAGCAGAUGGUGAACAUCGGCUCGUCUUACAGCUAUGGAACAGAGGACCAGGCUGAGUUUCUUUGCGUCGUAUCCAAGGAGCUUCACACUCCUGGAUCUGGACUGGGCACGGAGCAGAGCCACAAAACCAAGCCGGCGGAGAUGCAGGAGGAGGAAGCCGCGAAAGAGGAGGAGGAGGAGGAGGAGGAGGAGGGAGGGAGAGAUACCACACCAAAUGAGUGGCUUAGAGAAUGAGGGAGUCAUGUUUCUUUGUUCCCAAGAGAGAGGCGGGAAUGGCUUUUCCAGAUCCACGGGUCCCGGAUGUAGAAAUCACAAGAAUUUAGGCUUAUCAUGACAUUGUGUACACUGUUGAGCUGCGUCAAUGGAUGGUCAGAUUUGUAGCAUUCCUCUCAGUUCAUUGGCAAAACACCAGUUAGAAAAGAUGACCAAAAAAAAAAAA